AUGUUGGGACUUUCUAGACUUGCUGAUUCACUUUCCUUACUCAUGGAAAUUGAUUUCCAUGUUUUUUCGCGUCAUACCCGUUCUUCAGUUCCCUUUCAUAUCCCUUAUAUUUCUUAAAACUUUUUUCUCAACGCCUCUAUGGUUCGCCUAUCUCGCUCAGCUAACCUUAACACUUUUUUUCUUUACGUUAUUUAUGAUCAUUGUUAUUUUGUGUCUUUUACCCUUACAUACCAACUACCAAUAAAUCUAUCACCCUAUAAUCUUAUAGUUUGACUCGUCCAAUUUCGAAAAAUAAAAUGAAGUAUUAUUAAUUUACAUUUUACAUUUCAAACGAAAAGUGUAAUUUUCUACGGUUUUUUUCAAAUUCUAGGAUAAAAAUUCCAAAUCUAAAAGGAGGAGUUAUCCUCCCUGCCCCUCCCUUUUGUUGGCGCCCAUUAUGGCUUAUGUGUCCACCCGAAACAGAUAAUUAUAAUUAUAUAUUACAUAAUAUGUUUACCAGCAUCGUUGAGCCAAUCGGAAGAUAGAUGAGUAUUUUAUUUAAAUAAUAUAAUUUAAUUUUAAUUGUUAAUCAUCACAGCGAACUAGAUAUUAUUAUAAUAAUAUCUAACCAAGGUUAAUCAUUGUUUAACGACAUAUUAUUUUUACGUAACUGUACAUAUAUAUAUAUAUAUAAUAUGAUCUUGGUAUAGGGAUGAGAGAGGUAGGGCAAAACAACCUUGAUGAAAGCAUAGGAGCACCCAACAUGUUCGGCAUAUACUAUUAUAGUGUACAGUACGAUUUCAGCGCGAGUUUGCAGAAGCCAUCACGUCACGUGUACCUAUAACGGUGAAGUAUCGUAUCAUAAGGGUAAGCGAAAAUAUUAUUUUAUACCUAAUAUUACUAUUUUUUAUUUUUUCAUAUUCAAUUUUUACUUUUAUUACCUAAUUUUCAUUCCUGUAUAGCAUAUUAUACUACCUAGAAACGUUCAUUGCUCACAGCUGAUUAACUCUAUACCGUACCUAUCUAUAUAAUAUUGUUUGGUUUAGGUAUAAGUAAAAAUAUAACGUGUUAUAACACUGCAAUCGCGUGUUAUGUCGUCGAAAAAUAAAAUAUUGAAAACUUGGAUGUCGUUCAAAAAAUGUACAUCCAGUUAAGCAAUAAGUGAAAUCAUACAUUAUUAUUAUUAUGGAAGUUAUACCCAUGCGUGUUUAGACAAUCGUCUUUACGGUGUCUAGAAUUUUAAAUUGCCUUUUUCAGUAUAGUUAGGUUAGAUACCGUCCUGACGGUCAAAGUAUAAGCCGAGAUUUUGUAAUCAUCAUUAUUAUUAGAGGCAUCUGCCCAUACGUAUAUCGUAUCGAUUCGCGGCGUUUAUACGGAUAUUUUUUUCUUUUGUUUACGUAAUUAAGCUAUACAUAAUUUUAUAUAUUAUGACGUAUGUACGGACAUGCCGCAUAACAUUUUGUCGUUUGAUGCAAUUUUGAUUUUGUGGAAAAAUAUCAUACGCCUGUCGUUUGCGUCCAUUGUGAUAUUUCAUUUUAAUUAAUUUAAUUUUGUUUAAUCUUCAAAGAAUAUAAUCGCAUUAUUUAUAACUUUUCGAAUAAUUAUUGUAAUCUUGAAAUACGUUUCGUUUGAACGGUUUUCACCGAGAGUGAAAAUUAAUAUAAUCCUAUUAAAAUAAACGAUAUUUUCGGGAAACAUUUUAUAAAGCACCAUUGAAACGUCGAAACGAAUAACCUUCACAAAGAUCCCCGAGUAUACAUUAGUAGGUCACCUAUUUAAUGUUUUUUCUCAUAAUAACAUAUUUUUAAUUAAUUUAAAUUUUAACUGUCCGUUAACGUUUGUUAACGACGUGUCUUUAUGAAUAUUAUCGCGGAGGAAUACGAAAAUACACAUAAUAAUACAACAUUUCGCUCGGUACCAGUUGUCAAAUUCGUACGGGAUUUCAAGGUUUAUAGUUUUUAUAAUAAUAAUUAUACACGGUAAUAAUGCGAUUGGGUUUAAUAUUUAGAAUGUAUAUAUAAAUAUAUAGGUGUCGUGAGUUGUUACAUAUUUUAUUUUUAAGUUCGUAUAUCUAUCAAACAGGUUUUCAAUAUUGUAAACAAUAUUUUAAUAAUAUACACUAGUCCGUCGUUUAAUAAUAAUACGACGAAUUUGUGCAACACGAUCGCGUACCCCUAUAGAGGUACAAGAUGUUGGUAUAGUGCGAACAAAAGUACUGUUUUCGUUUUGUAAAAGAGAAAUAGCAUGAGGGUAAGAAAAAAAAAAAGUAAUCAUUUAAAACGCUCACUAGUAAUAGAAAAAAAAAAAAGAAAAAUACUAUUAAUCUAUUUGUUUCUUAAAGAAAUACGUGAAAAAAAAUGUACUUAUAAUCGUAUUUAUUUACAUUUUGUAACAAUUUCACUUUAAUAUCUCGGUCCCAAGAUCGGUAAGAACCAAUACAGUUAAAACACAAAAGACGUUAGGAUGGGUGCUGCGCGGACAAUUUUGAUUUUGAUAGUACAGCGAACCGACCGUCAUAUCAAAACUCAAAGACAAGUGCGUUAUCGAUUCGUCGGUUUUUUUUUUUUUUUAUUAUUAUUGAUAUUUAAUUUUCAGACGAAAUACGAGUACGUGAAAUGUCGCGGUUUAAAGAGGCUUAUCUGUAUUGUAUUUCGGUUGAAAAUUAGAAAUAUCGAGCAGCCGCCGGAAAAAAAAAACCCUCGGUGUAAUCGCGCCGAUAUAAUGCGCUCGUCUUUGAGUUUGAUAACAUCCGAUAUCAAUUCGCUCUAACGUCAAUAAUUAUUAUAAACUAAAGGCGCAGAGUUGUCCGUGAACGCGAAUUCGCCGCGUCCGUACGUGACGCCCUCUUUAAAAGAUUGCGGGCUACGGUGACAUCGGUAACCCUAUAAGACGUGUACCCUGUAGGUAUUUCGUGUUCGACAUAGUGCACGAAUAGAUAGGUACGUACCUUCGAAACCGUAUUAUAAUGCAACAAUCGCGGCGAAGCGCAUUGUUCGCCGGACGACAACCGUAUAAUAAUAAAAACCGUACGUCACAAUGUACGAUGUUAUAAUUUUGCGGCCGACCUUAGAAUUGCAUACACAAAACGCCGUCUCGAAAAAAAUAUAAUGACUAUCGCGCAUUGUACACCGUAUGAAAAAAUGCGCGUGCCGUGAGAAUCCGCGAAAACGCCCGGCGAAACACGUUAAACGAUAAAAACAUUUUUUUUUUUUUUCCUUUUGAAAAUGCCGCACGCCGGUGUAGGCCGCCGCAGUGUGUAGGCGUAAUAUCACGGCUUUUCGCGAAAAAUCCGACAACACCUCGUCGCCGGGCCGCGAAUAUUACCCGUGAGAGUACAGCCCAGACCGUCCCGGUGAAAGUGAAACGCAUCUUUUUCUUAUUUUUUUUUUUCCUCGCCACACAAAUAGUAUCUAUAUGUAUGCGUAUACAUACACACGCACAAUACGUUAUCUAGUCGAAACAACAAUAACAAUAAUAAUAAAACGCGACCUCCAAGGACGCGAAACGUCCAGUUUUGCCGACGCGACGUCGUCGUCUUGCAUAAUCGCGCGCGCGGUCCCGAUCACAAUAAAAUAUAUUGCGUCCAUUAAAAUUAAUAAUAUUAUUAUUAUUAUUGUUUAUUUAUUACACGUACGUACGAUACGGGCGCUGCAGUGUUCGGCCGACACGUCUCGCGCGGUGACCCCUGUCUAUAAAUGUAUAUACAUAUUCCCGUAUUGAUAAUGUUAUAAUAGUUACGCGUGUUCGUGAGGGGAAAGAAAAGGAAAAGAAAAAAAACACGAUCUCAAACUGUCGGAAAGCUCGUGCGAAUAAUUAUUAUUAUUAUCAUUAUCGGACUGGAACACGGACCGACGCGGUAACACUGUUUAUUGUGCACGCAGCGGGUAACGGGUAACCUACGUGCUGGGUCCUGCCCACGCACAAUAAUAACGACAACGUUUUACGGAGACGCAGAAAUAACAGUAACAAUGACAAUUGUAAACGGCGCGCGUUGCACAAGACGCCGUGAGGCCGCGGCGGCGCGGCGUUUACGCGUACACGCACACCCUAUUAUCCGAGUGCGGGUCGAGCGGCGGCGGCGGCGGCGUGUAAAUACGCGACCCGUCGUCCGCCGCGAUUUUCCGUCCGCCGGUGGUUGGGGGGUUGGGGGAACCUGUUAUUUUCCCGGCUUUCCGUACAGCACGCGUGAUGGAUGCGCGCAUUUGAAUUCCCGUUGUACGCGACGUCGACGGAAAUUGAAAACACUUAUUUAUCAUUUGUCGUAUGUAUUUAAAUUGAUUCCCAGCCAAAUUAAAAAUGAUAACAAUAAAAAUUACUUACGGUUAUUACGCGUACUGACGACAUUUCGUAAAAAUAAUUAAUUCCAAAUAGAAAACAUUUUUCAAGUAAUAAAAUCAUUGUAUUUAUUUAUCCAAACAACCAAAUCAAUAUUCAAAAUUGAUCUUCUAUAUUAUAGGUUAUAGUUGGAACUUUUGUAGGAACGUACCCUACAACUAAAGUCUAGCUCCGCCCAGACCCGGCUCAGAGGGUAGGCGACAUAGGCCCACGUCUAGAACGGCAUUUUUCAGCGGUGACAUUUAAAAUUUUUAACGAAGUAUUUAAAUGUACAAGGGGCGACGAAAAAUUAAGUAUGCUUAGGCGUGUUUAAACGCUCGAACCGGGCCUGGCAGCUUAUACGCUGCCACUGCGAUCGAGGACCAUGAAAGUACUGUGUAAAUGGGUAGUGUUUAUAUUAUAAAUAUGUUGUUUUAUUUUUAAAACUGUCGAGAAGGCGUAAAAAAAACACAAAUUGCUUACAGUUCAUUCGUUACAUAAUAAAAAAUAAUAUAUUAUAUAGGUGGGUACAUAACAAUAAUGCCUAUACAUUAAUACUAGACAUAUUAUAAUAUGAUGUUUUCGCGGUACUCUACUUUCUCAAGGACCCGCGAUCUGGUUUUUCCCUCUUUCUGGAAUAUUCGUAUUACUCGUAGUACAGCGCACAAGUUACCAGAAAAAUUUUAAAUUUUAAAUUUUGAAAAUUCCAAAUUUUUUCAAUGUACAGGUUCUUAUUGUGUAUGGACAUUUUUUACAAGAGAUGUAUAUUUAUGGGUGGGGUGGCAGGAAGAAGUUAACCCGUGCGCCACAUUUCAUAGACGCCGUAAGUUUUUAAGACGUAAAACAAUAGUUUUUUUUGUCAACCCCAUCUCACAGCUUACACUGACUCAUCAGAGCUUAACAAAAAUAGUGUGUAGUACAAAAUAUAAUGAUUGUAGCUCGAAAUUCCAGCGUGCCGUAAUAAAACGUGUCGCAUUAUUAUUAGCAUUUCAAUAAGAUACAAAAUUUGAAAAUUGCAUUACAAAGUGCUUGAUAGAACUUUUUUUAAAAUAGUAAUAAUAAAAUCAAAUGAAAUGCGUUCGUUUAAAUGUCAAGUAUAUCGUCAAAUUAGGGUCGGUUAAUAUUUUAAAGGGAAAAAAUAUUACAUUAUAUUUUUAUGUGUUUUGGGUUCAAAAAAUAUAAUUCAAACACUAUAAUAAAUGUUAAAUACAAAAUUGUACAGUGUUUGUGCAAUACGUGUAUCUGACAAUGCACGUGUGUAUAUAAAAUAAAGUUGAAUAAGUUAUGAUACAUUUUUGCAUAUAAAAUUGUAAAUAAAAUGUAUAGUUUCUUAUUGUUCAAGUGCCGUGUAAAGUUCGUUGUAGAGGUAUUUCCCCCGUGGAUCUGCGAUGUAUCUACAAUUUUAGCACCGUCGAAUUUGAUGGUCUAGUCCCGCCUAUGGCAGCAGGUAUAUCUAGUCAUAAUACGUUUAUAUUUAGAAGUUUAAAGUCAAUCAAUUUUGUUUUAAAACACCUAAUUCAAAUUUUCAAUUAAACUCAAUGCGACCUACUACGGUAUUCGAAUUUUGUGCCUAUAACAGUUCAAAUACGAUUCAAAGUAUCGGUUUUAUAUUACCGGGUAAAAAUCAUUUUAAAACAAAUUUAUACCAAGUAUAGUAAUAAUAAACCAUAAAAACCGAGAUUAAAAUCUGAUUUUGUUCGAAAGGUCAUAUAACUCAUAAUGCAUUAAAAUAUUUUGUAUUAAUUAAAGUUCUACUUAAAACAUCCUUAUUAUAGUAUUAUGUUUAUGAAUAAUAUAUGUAUGCGAUUAUAUUAUACAUCCGAGCAAUUUAUAGGAAGUAUAUUAUAUGGUCUUAUUUUUUAAUUUUUAAUUAUUCUCCCGUGUUCGUUGAGUUUUAUCUAAUAAUAUAAUAUACGUUUGUAAAUUAUUAUUAAUUGUGCGGUUCUAUUAAAAUGUAUACCUAUAUACGAGUACAUUAAACAAAAUAUUUUAAUUAAGUAUUUUACUUUGAAACGGUAUACUUUUAAAUACGAUUUAAGCCUUGUAAAAUGAAAUAUAAUUUCCCUGUUUCACUAGAUAUUAUAAAUUGUAAAGUGUAUAAUAUUAUGAUAUAAAAUAUAAUUGAUACGUAUUUAAGGAUAAUAUAAAUAUUAUUAUCGCAUAAGAUCAUAGACGAAUAUGAAUUUAACUACAGUAAUAAUAAAAAUAUAAUAGGCACAGAUUUAAUAAUAUAUUAUGUACCUAUACAUAAUAUAUUGAUAAUUUUUAUCUAUAUUAAAGUUGCGACGGAAACGCAAAUUUCAAAAAAAACCAAUUUUUUUUAUACUGUUAUUAUAUAUUUAGUAAAUGUUUAAUAUCUAAUAGUAUAGAAUAGUAUAUGAUGGCAUGACACGGCGCGCGCGGCGAUUCGAUCGAAACGAGAUUACCUUCGGCAAUAAUACGUACAGCGCGAAUCGGAUUGGAUUUUUAUAAUAUGUACCGCGGGAGAAAAAAAAAUUUAAAACAAUAAUAACCUAGACCUUAAACUUGAAUGCGACGCUGUAGGAUGAUCUCUGAAAAAAACUUGCGUAAGCAAAAAAAAAAAAAUAAAAAAAAAAUCUCUUCGUUUGUUGCGUCAUGCCUACAAUAAUGAUUUGAAUUUGUAAUAGUCGCGUGGCAUUGAAAUCCAACAUGAGAAACAAUUAACAUGAUAUUAUUAUUACCUACAUAAAUGUAUUAAUAUACGUAUAUAGGUAGGUAUGUAUUGAAAACGUUGCUACUAUUUUGAUCUGCACCGGGUAAUAGCCAAUAGGUAUGUGCUGCAGCGAACACUUUUACGGGUGAAUGAAUGUCUGUGCCCUUCGAAUUAAAAAUUAUAUGUAAUUUAUAUACAUAACAUAAUAAUAUGACUAGUCCCCAAAAUACUCGCGAUUGCAUUUUUUGCUGUAACUAAAUUUAUCAGUUUGCGUGUUUCCACCCCCUAACCCUCCCCCUCAAUUCGUUCACUUAUGUAGCUGUGUUAUUAUUAUAUUAGUCAUUAUAUAACAUAUAUCUAACGUUUAUAGGAACAUUAAAUAAUUGCUAUACACUAGAAAAAAUAACACCGGACUCGGUUAAAUCAGUGAAUAUACGUUUUUUUUGACGAAUUUGAAUUCGGGUAUAUACGUAUGGUAUGGCUAAUUUAAGAAUAUUAUAUAAAUUACAGUACAACCUACGAAAUAAAUUUGAAUAACAUCUUACGCAACAAUAGCAAAACUUUAAUCGACUGCGGUUCUAUUAUCGAAGUUGAUUUUAGCACGAAGUUCGAAAUUGUAUAUUGUACACGAGUAGGUAGCGGUGGGCCGAGUAAAUCUCGGUAAACAUUUUUGUUUUUUCUUCUUGGGUAAAUUGGUGAGUUUAUUUUUUGAUGUAAUGCACAUAAGAAAAUGUUUUUUUUUUUAUACACUUUUAUUACAUAUAGCCAUAAAUUGAAUAUAUACACCAUAAACGGACAUAAAAAUCAGUUUUCAUUUUUAAUUAAAUAUUAAACAGUCUCGUUUAUUCUUUGAACAUUAAAACAUAACAGUCAGUCUUUAAUUUUCUAUCUAAAUAUUAUAACUUAGUGAAUGAAUGGAAAGCUUGUUGAUUUUGUUUAUAAUUUUUUAAUAAAAUGAACAGUUUGUCCAGAUAGAAAAAAAAAUACAUAUUAUCCAAAUUUAAGAUUGGUAUAAACACCCAACAUAUUUACCCUUUGUAUAUUUCACAAAGCACAUCACCAUAUAGAGAUAAGUCGAAGUCGAACACCUCUCUUUAGAAAGGAUCUAUGUAUAUUAUCAAUAUUUUAAGACACAGUUUUUGUGAAAUUAAUUAAAUAACUUUUUGAAAAAUCUGAUUGAAUUCCAUAAUGUUGCAAGACAAAUAAUUUGAUUAAUUAACGAACUUAUUGACUUAUCGGGUUUAGUUCUAUGUUGCAAAACUAUUUUUUUUCCUCUUCAUUAUAUUAAGUAUUAUAAUAUUGUUAAAUAUUUAUAAUAGUAAUAACAUUUAUAAUGAAUUAACGGUUUUUUUCAAUGAUAAUAAUAAUUAAUAUAGGUUAUUGGGUAACAAAAUAGUCAUGAAUACAUUUUGCAUAUCAUUGCAAAAUGUAUAGCUACGCAAAUAGAAUAAUUAUAGUACUUUUUUCACUAUCCAAAGAAAACAUUCAGUUUUUUUUUUUUUUUGUAAUUUAUAGUAAUACAAUAAAUAAAAUAAAAUAUUACAUUUUAGUUGAGAUACCUUUAGUAUUUAAAGUUUAUCUCUUUAAUUUUUUAUAGUAAUGAAUAUAACUUUUCUAUUUUACUAUUGCACCUCGUCACUUUGUAUAAUUAUUUUAAAAUAAUUGUUAUGUACCUCUAGGAAACUAAUAAUUAUACUUCUAAGAUUCUGACACGAGGCAUCGUAUCUUUUCCGCAUCGUGAUACUGAACUCCAUUUACAUUCCUAUAACCCGCUAUUCGACAUUUACAUUCAUUGAAAUUAACGGUUAUUGAUUUAUACAUAUAUAUAUAUAAAUUAUAAUUCAAUAAUAAUUAAUGAACUGCGUGUAUUGUAUUUAAAAUACAUUAUUGCGAAAAGUAUGUUAAAAAUGUGUUUAUACAAGCUGUCAAGGUUGUGCAUUCAGAUAUAUAUGGGUAAUUACUAAUUAUUAUUUGUUUUAUAUAUAACUGUGUUAUUUUAUUGGAAAUCAAUAAAAAUAGAAUAAUGGACAUGGUAAAAAUUACUGAAAAUAAACGAAUUGCGAUAGAUAUAAGAGUAGGUAUAUUUGUAUUAUAAUAGAAUUGUCCUCAAUAUAUUUUAACGCGUCUGCGUUUUUAUUUUCGCGGUCUCGGAUAUGUUUUCAACGGACGGCAUAUUAUCGGUCACGUUUGUCGGAAAUACAUAUAUUAUAAUAUUAUUAUGUAAUAUCAAAUACAAGUAUUGUCCGGAAUGCUAAAACAAAUAAUUAUAUAUUUAAAAGCUGUAUAACCUGUUAUCCGGUGUGCUUGCCGUUCAUAAUAUUCAAAUAUAGUCUAUAGGAGUUAAUUUUUUUGUUUUCGAAUUGACGACUGAUUUCAUCGUAACGGUUGACGAUUUACCACUAUAAUAAAUUCGCCAGCGCAAACCGAUUCGAAACACUGCUAUUGUCCGGUAUCCCUGUAUCCAAUGAGUCGAAAAAAAACUAAACAGCGUUAAUCACAAAUUCAAAUCGGUUAAAUCUGACGAAUUUUGGAAAAGUUCUCCGAUUUACGUUUUCAGGGAAAAUUAAAAUCGGUUUACGCUGGCGAAUUUCUCGAUAGUUACUACAAUAGCAAACACUCCCGUGAAUAUAAUAUUAUUUCACUAGCCAAUAUGAAAUGCAAUUUUGUUCUACACGCUAUAAUACCGCGAGUUUUUUCUUCAAAACUCGUACGUCAAAAGCGUUUACACGUAAUUAAAAAAAGGUCGACAAAUAUAUGCAUUUUAUAAUAUAUAAUAGACCUAAUAGCGACUAUAUAUACGCGGCACGUUGCGAGAUUGUAUCGGGGAAUGCCGAAGACUCGAAUAAUUGGCACGCGUAGGUGUAAAUAAUUAACAUUAUAAGAAAAAAAAAAAAUAUAUAUACACAAUAUGUUUCCGCAUAGGUACAUGACUUGCAACGAUCGGUCGGUUAGAUUAAUCCGGGAGGACGCAAUACUAUAGGUAAAUACGUGAUUCCAUCUAAUUUCAUUCGUAGGACGCAAUAUUGUUUAGUAGGUAGAUAUUUAUGACCAUUUAUUAUUGUUAUAGCCGUUCUAGGCUAACAUAACUUAAAAACAAUAUUAUUAUUACUAUUGUUAUUGUUAUUAUUAUUAUGGUCCAUUUAAUAUAUUUCGAUUAAACUAAAACUCGAUACGUUUCACUGAUAACAAUCCACAGUUUACAAUUUAAAAUCAUUCGAGUAAUCGGGAGCCUAGUUUGAGCAAAUACUCGAACAAAAUAAUUUUGAUAUAGGUAUUUAAUUUGUUACGGUGAUAGCACCUUGUCAGUUUAUUCUGACGAUGAUUAUUAUAGUCGCGUUGACAAAAACCAACUUAUAUAAUUACCGUAAAUUAAAAACAAUAUGUUUGUAUGGGUAUUAAUAUGAUGUUUAAAACCUAAUGAAUCAAUCAGGUGCCCCAACAUAUUUUUUUAAAAUUGAAUUUGAAGCACUCUGCUAGUGUGUAUACUAUAGUAAGUCCGAAGUCGCCGUUAAAACAUGAACCUUAAUAAAUUGUCAACGGAAAAAAUCUAUAUAAGGGAAUACAAAUGUCAACACUAAAUCCCAAAAAAAAAAGUUAUUGUUGCCAAGUUUAAAUUUCCGAGAAAUUCGUGUGCAAAAAUCGACGCUUCCGCCACGUGAAUAUUAGAUUAUUAUGCUAAUGUUGUUACAUAACAUUACGUACAAGCGGUUUAAUGAACUUAAUAUAAUAUAGGUACUUGUUUCACACAUUAAAUUUUAUAUUAUAGUAUAGGUACAUUUACAAAUAAUGAACUCGAAUUAAUAAACAGAAUCUAGUUGUAAAAUCGUACAAUAGUGGUAACAGUAUAAUAUACAGAGUGAUUUUUUUUAUCAUGAACCAGCAAUUACCUCGGAGUUUUUUAAGUGAAUUUGAUUUCUGUUUUUUUUUUAAUUAUUAAGGAAUCGUUUAAGUUUUAUUUUAAAGCCAUAUGGAUAAUAGAUAGACAAUUUAUUAAUUAUUGCCCUUCUUUACUCCACCAGUCUAAACUUUAAACUGUUAUAACUCAUAAACGGUAAAUAAACGGUCUUACGCAUAUCAACAUUUUUAGAAAUGUUAACUUUAGAACGAAUAAUGUAAUACCUAAUGUAUUAUUUAAAAUUGUCCAAAAAACCUCUGAAACACAGUUAACUGCAAUAUUUUGAAAAUAAACUGAUACUAUUUAUUAAAUUCAUAUGAACAAUUUUUAAAAUAAAAAUGAUAUAAUAUACUAUAUGGUAAAAAAUACGUAUAUAGUUGAAAAUCUCAAAAGAAACAAUAUCCACGUUUCAAAAGUAAGUUGAUUUUUACAUAAUUCGAACGUUUUCCUAAGAAAGCUAUAUCAUGUAAGUUAUAAUAAGUUAAGCUAAAAAAAAAGAUGCGUUUGCACAGCUUUAGUUAUUAUUUAUUAUCUACUUAUUACAAUCGAAUCGUUAAUUUAAUUUCAAAAAGCCGACUGGAAAGGUGGUUUAUCUAAGAGGGGGGGGGGCUAAUUUCAGGAAAUCUUAAAUUAUUGUUUUAAAUACAGUACACUGUACUACUGAUCAGUGGAAAAAGUUCCCUGAUACGAUACUGGUCUGUAAUAGUGGGAUCUAGACAACGAUUUUAAAUAAAAUACCACCGGGCGAAGAUUCCACAUGUUUAAUGAUACGCCGAGAAAAAAUAGAAGCGUUUUCACUAACCGAAAAAAUAUAUUUCAAGAACACUUGUAUUUUAUAUAGCUAGUUUUAACUAAAAUGCAAUUGCUAAUUCUUCGUCGCACAUUCAGAAUCUAAAAAAAAAAUGGUCAAAUGUUUGUGUAACGCGUACCUUGAUUUUUUAUUGUAUCAACCGUCAGAUUAAUUGUUAUAAUGACAAUGAAUAAAUGUGUACUUAUUGUUUAAUUAGAACUGAGUCAAGAAACUCCAAUGUUCUUUAUACAGGGUAAUAAAUACAUCGUAAGACAAUCGUUAAAAAGGAAAGUAUUAACUGUUUUCGGAAUUUGAUUUUUGGAACAUUUAAGAAACAAAGAGCUCUAAAAUUGUACACGAUCGUUAUUUUCUGUUCUCCUUAUUUUCGGGGGUGAAACGACUAACCGCUUUUGACUUUUAAAUAGCAACCUAAACUAAAAAUGAAAUAGAGUAACAUUUUUGAUUUAUUUCAAUUCGUUGUCAAAAUAUUACACUUUUAAGUUAUGGAUAGUAGACAGGUACGUCCUUAGGAUUUUUGAAGCCCAGAGCGAAAUUUUAAAUAUUUUCAUAUUUUAUUAUAAUUAUAAUCCGUACUUUUUUUCCCAACACGGGACUCUAAAUCUAAGUAAAUACCACGAGGCUAAGCGCCUUAGCCAUGCCCACCCCCCUAAGGACGACCCUGCAGAUAGGAGGAGAGUAGUGGAGCGUAAUUUUUAUGUAGUAGCGUAGCACAUGACGUUUGAAUAGUGCUCCACUGCUCUUCUUCUAUACCGACAACUCAAAAAUAAAAUAAACCUUCAACGAAAUUACGAAAAUUAAAAAUACAAACACCAAAAUUUAUUUAAACUAAAAGUUCGUCUAUUUUUGAUAUAGGUUGCUAUUUGAAAAUCAAAAUUUGGUGGUGAGAUCACCCCCUAAAAUUUGGACUAAUAAAAAUAACAUUUACGUACCAUUUUAGAGGUGCUUAUUUUUUUAAUGUUCAUAAAAACGGAUUCCGAAAAAAGUUAGCACUUUCCGAGAUUAUGAGUAUCUGUCGUUAUCGCCCUGUAUUAUAGGAAUCGUGAACGUAAUUUUUGUUUUAUAUAAAAUGUUCCAAAUACCCACAUAAUAAAUUAAAUUUUAAACGCAAAUGAAUUAGCGUGAAACGCGAAGAGCUUAGAGCCCCUUUAUAGACUUGAUCGAUUAUUUACGCGUAUGAUUCCGUAUAAUUUAUAUUAUUAUAAUAUCCAAAUCGACCUUAUUUUUACAAUAUAUUAUAACAAAACUACCUAUCGUACCGGCAAUGUAAUUACAUUCUCCUUAUAGUGCGUAUACUGUUGUCCAUCGUCGUGUCUCUUCGAGAUUCAAUAAUUUACCUAUACACGCAUUUUGUACGCGGCGACAUUAAAAUUACCGCAAUUACCUCCUAUACACGUUUGAGGAUUGACGGUUAAAUGAAACUUUUUAUCUAAAAUAGCUAACCUAAUUUUUUACGAAAAUAAACGCAACAAUUAUACUGAUAAUAACUACCAAAACCUUGUGUUCCAUUGUGGGUACAUAAAUUGUAUUUUUAUUUUUUUUUUCAGUUUUAUUAUUUAUUUAUUAAAAGUUACGUUAGGGGGUCAUCAGAUAGAAGUAUGAUAUUAUAUAUAGUUAGGUACCUACACCGCCGCAGCCUUGUGUCUAUUUUAUUUAUCAUUAUUAUUAUUAUUAUUAUUAUUAUUAUUAUUAUAAUACAUUAUGCACAUAAUAUAAUAUUUUUUCUCUCUUUUUAACCAUCGCGCACUGUUAUGUUACUUUUGAUACGCAACCGUAGAUACGUGUAGUCGUUUUCUGUCCUCAAUGUUCAGCAACCGUGAACCAAAAACCGGAAUGAAUCGUUGCCACCGAGUGCCGUGUGUUUACUAUAAUAUUCAUUAUUCUUACUGCGAUGACCCUAAAGAAUCGCACACACGAUCACACGGCAUCGCACGUGCGCUCCGCUGCAGAAACGCCUCAUAUUCACACACGAACGUGGUUUUUCUCAAGACGUGUGCGUGUUGAAAGAACCCUCCGCAGGGGAAAAAACAAAACAAAACAAAAAAAGGAAAUUUGUGAGAAAUGCGCGCGCGGUGACGUACACAAGGUCCGACGCAUUAUUACUGUGUAUAUUGGGAAUUUAAGCGGACUGCUAAAAUAACGAACAUAAUUUAUGAUUAUUUCAAAAAAUAUAUAUACAUAAAACCGUUUGAAGAUGUAGUUGACCUCGCGUUGAAUACAAUAAUAAUAGUGUAAUUAUUUAAUCUCGAAAACGGAUAAUCUCUUUUUUAAAACACACAAUCUUUAAUGUAUAGUUUAAGGACUAAUAAAAAAAAAAAACCAGAUUUUCAGAGACAUUUUCUCUUGCUGCGUAAUCUGAGAUUCAUUUCAUUUUCAUUUCCCCGUGAUCUAGGCUUGUAAUUAACGAGUUUGCAUUUUGUUGUAUCACAAUUUGUUGACCACCAUGUAAUUGAUUAAUAGUUUCUUUUUACUCACAGAAGUCUGCAUUAUAUACCUACCUUUGAUGCCGGUUAAUGUAUUGGUUAUUUUUUAAUCCGUAGGUGGCCUAUAACUUAAAUUCUCUAUAAUCUAAAUGAUCGUCUAAUCUCUUAGUUUUUUUUUUUAAGUUUGGUCCUUGUACCGUUUUUAAUAUUUGUCUUAUAUAUGAGAGCCCCUUAAAUCAUAUACCCUCAUUAUUAUUACACUGUGCAGAUCUUUUGAGGGUGCUUUAGAGUAUGUCCAAUAAUUUACCAACGUCUUGCUUUAAUCGCACCUAUUAGAUAAGUGGCGGAUCUAAGAGGAGCCAUAGAGACAAUCAACGCCUCCCCGUCCACUCUCCAUUAUACUAUUAGCUUAAUUCAUCGUUGAACUCAUAACAAAUUCGUGAAUUAUAUGCAUUUUAAAAAUCGCCCUCCUCCCCCGUUAUUUUGUCCUGGAUCCGCCCCUACACUCAUACGUAACCUAUAUGUUUGAGGUUAACAACUCCUAGUACCUUUCAAUUUAGUUUCCUGCUCUUUUUUUAACUCAUCAUUUCGACUUUUCCAUACGCCUCCAUGUAGCAAUCCGGAUCACAUCACAAAAGUUUCUAAUUUUUUUUUCGGUACCUACCAUUUUAUGAUCCAUUAUAUUUCAUAUCCAUAUGUUUCCACGCUCCGUAUGUACAUUGGUACAAAGCUAAACUUAUAUUAUGCGUUUAAACGAAUUUUAUAACGAUAAAAAAAAAUAGCCAAUACACCUUUUAUAUUGUAUUUACACUUAUAGAAUGGCCUCAACAUGCCCACAUUUACUGUAAUUAUUUAAUAGUUUAUGGGAUUUUUUUUUUUACGUCUAAGCAAUAAAAAAGUCUAUCUUUAGGUAUAUCAAUCGUCUGUUAUAGUUAUAUACUCGUAGAUUUAUUGCACAAUAAUGAUUUUAUAAAUCGAAUGUUCAUUCAUAAUGAAUAUAAUGUAUAAAGGAAAAGUUGUACUAAAAAGAUAUUUUUAAUUAUCACUUAGGCAGUCCAAAACCAUCAAUCAUGUUUUUGUCUGUUUUGUUAUAAUCUGUAUCGUGUGGUAGAAUAUUGUGCGAUUGGUUUUUUUUUCUUACGAUUGUGACAUAACUAUACAAACACCGAAUAUUAUUAUUAUUAUUAUUCAAUUUUUCCUGCAAACUCCUCUCGUCAACCGGUUAAACAUUACAAACUAGGUCUAAAUACCUGCCUAUACGGCCGAUUACCUAAACGUAAAAUUAACUAGACAUAAUUAUUUCGAUUCGUACGUAUAAUACUGUAAUGUUACGGAUAAUUAUGUAUUCUGUGAUUUAAUUUGACAUCUGACAAAACCAUAUGUUGUUGUCAAACGAGAAUUUCAAAUUCGACACGAUUGAAGCAGAAAUAACAUUAUGAAACAUUGUAACCUAAUAUUGUAAUUAUUAUUAUUCGGUUUUUUUUUCUUCUCUUAAUUCGAUUUGUAGAGGUACAAAUAGACGUAGGUCGAUAGGCACCUAGAUAAUAUAAUUAUGCAUCAUGAUUAAAACGACCAUUAUUUAUAUUAAGUUAUAAAUAAUUAUAAUACUGUUGUUUAUCGAUUAAAAUUUGUUUUUUUUUUAUCCAAUUAUUAUUAUUCCGAAUGUGUGUCAGAGCAGGAGGUUAAACGUUCAUUUUUACUACAUUGGCGUGUGCAGAGUUCUUAAUCAGGUGCAGCCCACACUAUAAUUUAUCUCAGUAGAUACUUUUUGUUUUAAAGAGUAUACAUUUUAGAUUCCGAACUUAGCGAGGGAGCUAUUGGUUUUAAAAUGUUGUUUAUUUCUUUGUUCUUUGUUCUAGACUGUGGACACGUUUUUUCCUAGUACACUUGCUCCGAUUUUUAAGUGUAACAACUUUUUUUGAAAGCUCAAGUUGUCUAGAUUGUACUUUAAAAAAAGUUAUUUUUUGAUUUGUGACGCCAUUUUUCUAAAUAAAAUCAUUUAUAUGGGAAAAAAAACGAAGGAAAACGUACAAUUUCACGAUUUCAUUAUUUUAUAAAAACACGGACGACGUUUUCUACCAGAAAAAAUGAUUUAAUCGAAAAAUCACUAGAUACCUUUUUUAUUACCUUUUUGAUUUAAUUUCUUAUGGCGUCAUUACCAAAACUUUUGAGUCACUUUUGAGCCUUUAUAGAAUUUUAAUUUUUAGGAAUUAUUUCACUGUACAUCGGUUAUAAAUACACAUAGAAACUUGAAACUUGGUAACAAUACUUAUAUCGGACUUAACUAGAAAUGGUAAAAUUUCAAAAGUCAUCAGACGAGUUUUUUUUUCUUUUUUUAAUUUUUUUACAGUAGUACUUUAUUUUAUUUUGUUUAUACUGUAGACCACUUUUAUCCUAGAAAACUUACUCCGAUGUAUAAGUGUAGCAUCUUUUCUGAAAGUCAAUUUUCUCUACUUGGUAGAUACAUAGGUCAUUUUUUGAUUUUCAAAAUGGUAUUUAAAAUAAAAACGAUUAACAGGAAAAAGGUUUUUUUUCACGAUUUCGUUAUUUUAAAUAAGUACCUACUACAUUUUCUAGCACAAAUAUGGCUCUAAUUGAAAACCGACAAGAGACUAUAUUUGUAUUGAAUUUUUUUUUAAUAAGCGAUUUGAAAUCAAAUUUAAACGAAAAUAGUGAAAAAAAUUACGGCACUUCAAAUUUUGUAUUACCGAACUGCCCUCGGAAUCGUCUUUCGUGAAGCAAUGAUUUAUCAUUGCUUACAGAUAUAAAUAAAAUAACCUUAUGUCUCCUACCUUCCCAACUUCUCACCUACAACAGUGGCUGCUCCUAUCCACAAUAUCAGCUCUUUUUUAGCUUUUAAAUUUUCAUAAAAUAAAUCAUCAUUAAAUCAUUAAAAAAAAAAAAGAAGAUUGAAACUUUAACAAAAACACAAAUUCGUGUAUUUAAUACAUUUACAAAUACCUUUCUAUGUAUUAAUUACCUAAACUUUCUUGUUAAACACAUUAAAAUGAUAAAAGUGAUUCCAGUCUUUCUUAUAAUAUUGUAUUUCUAACUUUUUUCUUUAGAAUUAUUAACUUAGACGAAGGUAUUCAUAAUAAUUGUGUUACUAAAUUAUAAAUCGGCGAAUGAACCUGAUGUCCUAUACUUCGAAUACAACAACCGAAAUGACAGCCCUUUUAUCUGUAAAGUGGUAUAGACAUUUUUUUUUGCGGGAAUCAAUUAAUGAAUCUUUUGGUGGAAACGUGCAUUGAUGGUAAAGGGAGAGGUUAAUUUUUGUGGAAACCUUUCGGGAUUCAUAAGUUUGAAAAACGGCCAUACAUUUCAAAGGUUUUACAUACUUUGUACCUUGUAUCAGUAAUAUUUUAUUUAUUUUUUCUCGAAUGUGUUUGUUUGGUAAAACUCCUUUUUCAUUCUCUGUAAUCAAUUAAUAUCGUUAAAUCGUUCCCUUCUACUAUACCUUCCCAACUUCUGGCCUACAACAGUCACCCACCUACGUGUGAAGUAUGUCAGUCUUUUUUCUCUAUAACUCUUGUUGUUUAAAUCGUUUUUAAAACGCGAAGUAUAUUCGCACAGGCCCACUAGUAUAUUGUAAAUCCUACACAUUUAAGUAAAAAAAAAAAUGUUUUGUUCUUUAAGCCUCGACAUAGGACGGCGCGACAUAGUGAUCAAUUAUAACGAUAUUUAAAUACAAAAAAAAAAUUCCAAGAUAAAAAACAAACUCGACAACAACAAUGCCGGUAUUUAGUGCGAAUAUUAUUGUCGGUUAACUAUUGUUUAACGCGGUGUUUAAAUAGCAUUUGAUAUUGUAAAAAAUCAUCGACCGACACUUCGUCCGUAUACCAGCUAUACCUACCUAGGUUUUUUUUUUUUUUUAUCAAAAUCGAAACCAAACGCAUUAAUCACGUUCGAAGCAAUUUUAUUAUUAUUGUCGUUAAUAAUAUAUAUAUAUACUUAAAUAAUAUUCUCGAGACCCACGGGAGAUCGCCCUUGACGGUAUACAGACAUAUUAUAUUAUACGACAACGUUUAAUAAUAAUAUAAUAUGAUAGUAAUAAUAACAACAACAACAACAAUAAUAAUAAUACAGUGAUAAUCAUAAUAAACACGCGCGCUCUAGCGAUAUCCGGCUAAUAAUUAGGUACCAAUACGUUCGACUAAAUAUUGAUAGCCGUGUAACAACAAACCUCGAGUGACGGCUAUCGGUGAAGGUAUAGGUAUCCCCGCGAUUAUAUCGCAUUUUCGUUUUUUAUCUGUGCGGAUAUUACACCGACGGUGACCCGCACUACUACAAUAACGACGAUACUACAACGGGUUAUAGCGAGUCAUUAAUCCGGUCCGUAUCGCACGGAAUUUACGUAUUACAUAUUUAGGAUUUCACCAAGGAGGGCGAUAUCGAAUUUUGAAAUGUUUUGUUACAUAGAUAAAUAUUGUGUAUAAUUUGUACUUAGUAUUUUAUAAUUCAAUCCGCCCUAACGAAUUAACAUGCGUUAAUGUGUCAAUAUUGUAGUCAUUAUUGUUAUUUGUUUUGGUUAUAUAGUUCUAAGAAUGCGGAGAAGAAGAACCGUAUUCCUAAAACACCUUUAUGUUUAAAUUUACGGAAAUUUACCUAUAGUUCAGGUUUUGUUUGUUUGUUUUUUUUUUUGUUUUAUUAACUCGGUUAGGUUAUUCAUUUUUGAUUUUUCUGACUAAAAAACAAAGAAAUUCGAAUUUGAAAAAUAGACAUUCGUAUAAAUAAUAGCUACCGAAAAAAAAAAAAUGUCGAGUGGGGAGCUAUAUCUUUCUGAUCUCCCCCCCUUUAAACAUGUGUAUCAUACAGUAUACGAUAAGCUCCGCAGGUAAUAUUACUGCUGCAAGUAUACCCGCUUAGUAUAAUAUACUAUCGUAUUGGAUCAGACGGAUAAGUUUUCCGGGCAUCCGUAUAACCCCGUACACUUUCUAAUUCUAAAAAAAAAAAAAAACUGUCAACAUUAAUAUUGUACCCCUUAAUUUGUACCGACCAUUUUGGAAUUCUUACCUCGCGAUUUGUCCGAGAAAAACGAUUUUAGAAUCGGACGUUAAUUCCAGGUGAGUGUAUAAUAUAAUAUUAUAAACUGUUUAACGAUUUAAUCGCGUAAUAUUUGAAACGCCUCGAGGUCCAGUUGUAUUAUGCCAUUAAGCCGUGCAUGGUAUCUAACUAUACAGGGUGUAACUGGACGUUUGACAAUUGCACACAUAACUACAAUACAAAAAUGUCAAACAGUCCUGUUACACUCUGUAUAGUUGACGGCAUAUUAUAUAGUAUAUACCUAGAUACGGGUUAUAAAGAAAUUAAUAGGUAGGCCUUUUGUAACACGUCCGUACCGAAAACACGGCCUAACCUAACCUGACCAUAGGUAACCCGUGUGCGAUGGUUGUUUAUUUGAUCGCCGACCAUUGUGCAGUUCGAACCGUUCGACGAUCGUCGACGCCGAUAAAAUAUUACGUAAAUUAUUAAUCUACAAAAUCAUCAAGUCGUUUUUUCGAACGUUUUCCCGUUUUCCGUUUAUUAUGUUCGCCCAAAAAACAUAACCUAAUGUCGACAGACCGCGUCCCCGGAACGAUGUAAACGCAUAAUACAGAGGUAAGCGCCGUAUUGUACCGCGAUUGAUUGCUCGUAUAAAAUAUCGUCACGGAUAUUAUAAUCGAUUUUAGAUUCUGAAUGGAGCGAACGUAUUGGUUUUAAAAUGAUGUUUAUUAAAAAAAUUUAAUUUUAUGUGAACACUUUUUUUACCAAAAAGAUUACUCUGAUUAUCAAGUAUAGCACCUUUUCCGAAAGAAAAUGUUCUCUGGAUGAUACUUCAAAGAGGUCAUUUUUUUGAAAUUAUCAUUAAUAUUCGAGAUAACGAGGAAAACCUGGUUCUUUAGGAUUAAAAAGAUUGAAAGACCAAAAAUAAGGUUGUCAUUGGCAACAGUUUCUAUUUAUUUUUUGUUAUUAUAUUAAGUUUUUAUUAUUUUAAGAUUUAAAUCUUUUUUAAACAAUCAUUGUUGUCAUAGAAACGCACAUUGUUGAAAUCGUUUUACCGUAAUAUGUCCUAUAUAUAUAUUGUUGACAAAACAACACUUAUCAACUGAACUCUGCUCAAAAUCGGUUUUUCGUUGGCAAUGGUUAAUCGUUGCUCACAGAUGUACAUUAAAUUCCCAUUUGUAUCCUACCUUCCCAACUUUCCACCUACAGCAGUGGCUGCACCCACGUGUGUGUCCGUCUUUUUUUUUUUUCGUUUCACCGGUAACUUCUGUUCUACCGGAAAUCGCGUUUAAACCUUGUUAUGUGUUGGAUUGAAUCAAUGCACUGGAGAGGUUAUAUUUUGGCGUUUUGAGCGUUUAUCAUAAUAAUUGGGAAAAACCGUAAAACUAAUGUUAUAAGCGAUUUCUCCUCAAAUACCGCGAAAUUAAUUAUUCCGUAGACACUCAUAUGCACGCAUAUGCGAUGUAAUUUGAUUUUAAAUUUAUUGCACGCCGCGUAUAAUUUACGCAGAUCUCUCGGCUUGGAAAAUUGCUGCAUUCCUAGUAUUCACAUACCUACAGGACAGAAUAUCGCGAGUUUCCCCCCCACCCACACAAAGUGAAAUAUUUACGGAAGUACGGCGAUAAAACACCUUGAGCUAUUGAGCUUUUCUUGUAUUUUUCCGUCGGAAUUGGUUACAACAAUCGGUCUAAUAGCACGGAAAUAAUUGAAAUUCGAAAUGGAUAUUCAAAUUUUUUUUUUAAAUUUCAAUAUUACUUUUACGACUACCGGUUUUCGUAAACACGCCGACAAAAAGACCAUUGAUAUUUACUGCAGUGUACACGGUGUUCGUGACGGUAUUACUCAUCUCGAUUGUAAUAUUACGUCUUCAGACGGGAUUUACAAAAACGCCAUCGCUCGUCGGUUUUUCCGUUCGUGCUUGCCGCGCGCACCGCGGUUUGCUGUCGCCGGAGCGCACGCCGGUUUUCCCUACAAUUUCACGACUAUCCGAAUAAAUUAUCCACUAGUCGUCCAUCAUACUAUAUUAUAUUAUUCCAGAUGCUGCGUUAUUCUUCAUUGGGCCCAAAUAUCCUAAGCAAGUCGUUUUCGUUAUCAUUAAUUUUAUUCGCACACACGAAGUAUGUCUGUUGAACGUUUAUGAGCAAAAAAAAAAAAAAAGUGAACAGCAGAGCUCCGUCACUGGAUUCGAAUUUUCCCCCAGCCAAGUUGUUGCGGUUACAAAUUACAUAAAUAUUUAAUGUUUUAAUUUUUAUAAUUAUCGAUCUGAAUUAGUGCAUGAUUUUGUAUUUACUCGACACCCAUUAACCGCGUCUGCUCUCGUCCCCCUCUAAUCGUCCAAGAUAAAAAAUUAUCCUAAAAUCGCCUAUAUAUAUAUAUAUAUAAAAAAAAAAAAAAAACUCUAAUCCCGAACUCUUUUCGUCCAGAGGGAGCCGCUAAAAAUGUCCAAACGUACCGGGAAAAACAACGGACCUAGUCUCUAUUUUCGGGGAGAAUUCGACGAAAAAAUUGCAUUCCGUUUUGGCAUUGGUUACCGGAAUAAAAAUAGAACAUCAGCCGGACGACGUUGGGGUGCCGGAGUCGUUUGUGCACGACCGGUUCGUGUCUGCCGCCGUCGCGUGACGACCGGAUCCGUUUGGCGGUCACCGUGCGGCCCGGUCGACCGCGGCCGUCCAACAACACCGUCCGGUGAACGGUGCCGAACGCGCGGACGUCCAACACGGUGACGUACGACAAUCGUAACCGGACCGCGUUUCCAAUCUCCUCCGUCAUAGUCGUGACGUCGCCGCACGGUAAUAAUGUGUCCGACCACACGGCACGUCGUCGACGCCCGCGACGAGUUUUGUGCCGCCGUGCGCGAAAUGAAAAACGUUUACGGCCAAAACGGUUUCUCCCGGUGUUGUUUACAAACUCAAUAAACUCGCGGCGAUGACGACGACUGCGCGCCCCACACAGUUUCCAUUAGAUUAAAACGCAAAUGUCAUAAUAUUAUAAGGAGACUGGUGACGUUUUAUCAGAUUUAGUAAAAAUUCGAACGGUUUUUUUUUUUUUGUUUACAUUUUAUCGGCCGCCUUAAAUUAUAAGACUUGUAGAUGAUUAUUCACUGUCUGAUUUAAGGGGAAGGACGUGGAUAUGACGUUUUAGGCAAAAAAAAAACCGAACAACACUGUAAAGCAUAUAAUAUGCUAUAUUACCUGCGUUUAACAGAUUUCAAUUUCGAAAACUCGACAUGUCUUUUUAGUUUUUUUUUAUAUUAGAACGCAUUGGAAUUAUUUUAUUUCUAAAUUUGUGUUAUCUUCAGCACAACAAGUUAAAGGUAAAACACUUUAAAUACAUAUUUGAAAAACCAAAUCGUAUUUUUUUACGAUUUCCUCUAAAAUAUUUGAAUUCCAAAAAUCAUAAUCCGUCAAACACAAUUAAUACAUUUUCGUCUGGUUUUUAGGCCUAAAUCGACUAAAAUAUAUACAGUCACCAAAUAAAACAAUAUUCACCAAACAUUUUUUUCGUCAUAUUUAGGAGUUGUUAAUAAUUUUUAAUAGUUGUGCAAUUGUUUGCAUUAUUAUUAAUGAUGUGCUAAUCAAAUCAAUCAAAAUCAAUAAUAAUAUGCUCGGUUCGUUCGAUUAAAUAUUUGGAAAAUGGUUCAGACAAUCAUAUCGAAAUAAUAUAUAAUGACGUAUCACAUGUAACAAUAAAAUUGUUUAAAUCUUUGGUAGGUACAGCUAAACGUGUUCGGAAAGGGAGAGACGCGAGGGAUAAUCGAGAAGAAAAUGUUUUAAAGCUUUUCGAUAAUUAAUGUUGUUUACAAUAUAUGCGUGUUUAAUGCAUUUAGAAGACGGAGAAAGACGAUCGAAAAAAGACGCGUAGGAGAUCAAAAACAGUUAUUUCUUCGGUAUUGUAAUAUGCGCACUGAAUUCUCAAAUACAUAAUUGUAAUAAAAUCCGAUGGUCGUUUAUUAUUUGUUACGGUAUUAUGUUGACAAGAAAGUGAUCAAAUAUUCAUAAUAUUAUGGUCGUUUAAAAAUCUGAGGUGAAGUAUGUAUUGGUUUUCUAUGAUGAGUAUUUGUGUGUGUGUGUGUGUGUGUGUGUGUGUGUGUCUGUAAACAACUUUUCUACCAGAAACAGUACUUCAAUCAAACAUUUCCAACUCCCCUCCGGUGGCAAAUCCCAUCGGCAGUAACCUUUUAUUUUCUUAAAGAUUUUCGAUAAACAUAUUUUUUUUUUUUUUGGCAAUUUAUUUUUUCUACCAACAAUAAUAAAUAUUAUAUUUUUUGUGAGUGAUAUACCUACAAUAUGGUCACGUAUCUACACUGAAAACGAAACGUUAAACCAUUAUAAUCAAAAAACAAUUCUGAUGAGUGGAGCUCGGUAAACUGGUAAGAUUAUAUUAUAUUACAGAAUACUGGUUAUAAUAUAGUCUGUUAUAUAGUAUGAAUCGUUUUUCUCCCCGUGUAUAGCCAAGGUAAUCAAGAAAUCAACGAAAGUAAAAUCAAUAUAUCGCGACAUUUAUCGUUAUAGUUUAAUUUUUUUUUUAGUAAAACUGUUAAGCAUUUAAACAAUUUUUUCAUGUAAGUACCACUGGGCAGAAAGUUCUCGUCAUUUAAGGUAUAAACGUGAAAAAACCGGAGUCUUUUUAUUAGCCGGAAAAGUGUUUUCCGAGGGGACAAAAAACCCAUCAUAUUAAAACAAAUACCCUCCUUCGUUACAUUCAACAUCUAAAAUAUUUAAGACGACCUACCGAAAUUAUUAACCAAUUUGUCAGCAAUUAUUAUAAACCAUAAUAUAUUACGAGGUAUUACAUUCGCACGGAUGACCACACGAAAUAUUCUAUAUUAAUCGAGCUAACUGACCUUCGUUGUAAAAUGGUACACUGCAGUACACAAAUACUUGAAUACACGUAGGCAGGUAUAGGUCGUCGGUACGAAAAUAAAAUCUACCAUUUACUUACCGAAAUUAAUUUACAUUAUGUCGUCGUCUGUUGUCAUUGCCAUUGAGUCGGUGUAUACAGGCUUGAGAGUAUUUAGAAAAUACCCUGAAUUUUCGUUUCCUGGUCGCAAAUUCGCUAUAUAAUAAUAACACAAUACAAUGUUCAGCAAACUGGUUUGUGCGGCAUGCAAAUUUCCGCUGUUUAUUAUUAAAAGAAAAAAAAAAAUAAUAAUAAUAAUAAAACCCAUCUGCAGACGUCUCGUUCAUAAUAUACGCGCAGUUCAACGGCGUGAUUGGAAAUAACCUCUCCGAGGGUGGGCAGAUAUAUUAUAAUUUUAUUAUACUUUUGCGCGAUGUUCUUGUGUUGUACUUAUUACAGGUAUAAACCGUAGUAAUAAAUUCCUAUAAGAUAUUUUUUUAUAUAGCCGCUAGACCGGUGCUUAGGGUUGGGUUAGGUUAUAAAAAACGAAAAUUAAACUGUGUUCCCCGCAUGAUGCCUUACCAUUAUACCACCACGAUAGUUCUUUUCUAGAUCAUAAUUCACGCGUUUGCGCCUGUACCUGUAAAUUCGGGUGAAAUUUCCCCGUACGUGUAUUAUAAUAUCGCCGUGACGACCGAAUUAAAUACCACCAACAAUAAUAAUAACAACGCAUUAUAACGACGGCGUCUCAUCGCAAUAUACUUUCUAGUCGAGAAAUUCGAAACCAGAAACGAACGGAAAAUAAAAAGCGAAAAAAGUCGGGAAGUCGGAACACCGGCCGCGUAGAAAUCGAAGUUUAAAAAUCCUGUUUCGGGGUCUUUUCGGAAACCCCGCAGUCCGUCCGUUGCCGACGUUCGAACGUUUCGGAUUUUUCGGCUCAGUACGCAUCGCGCAUACAUAACACUUCCUCUUCUAUGUAAAUAGGUACUUAAAUUUUUGACUAAUCGAUUAUUACAACGUAUGAAUUUUUUUUUUUUUUUUUUAAUCAUUUAUUUGUAUUUCAUAUACCACGCAUAAGGUCUUUAAUAUUAUUUAGUUAAUAUUUAUUAUUGUUUACGUACAUAUACGACAACGGCGUGUGGGUAUCCUUGAGCAAAGAUCGAAAUUCAUUUAUGUGUUUUAAAUAAUUGAUCGGCGAUUGUGUGCGUUUGUUGUGAAAUUAUUAUAAAAUUAUACGAUCGAUAUCUAUAACUUCUCGGUAAAAUAUCAACCGUUCUAUAAUAGCUUUAAACAAAAGUAUAUAUAUAUACAUAUAGGUAAUAAAUAUACCGACAUUUAAGCGACUAUGAUAUUUUAGGAGAAAAGUUUGCUGCGGGAGCAAGUGCAUUAUUAUAAUAUUGUUUGGAGAUUAUAUCGUUAACAUUAUGCAAUCGAAUAUUGUUAGCCUAUAAUAACCGAUGUUGUCAUCGCGCUAUCUACUGUGUUGUAGCACUAAAAUUUAAUGUCGAUUGAAAUAUUUCCUAACGGAAAACGAUUAGGAUUAGAUGUAUACGUGUAUUUAUAAAAACGCAAGAAAGUCAAUAAAACAUUUUCUCGAAUAGGCACUUAAAUAUCAUUUUAUUAAUAACUUUUGUAUUACCUCAGACGUUUUAUUUUAUUUUCGUUUCUUAUGUGUCCGAGGACCGAGAUAUAGGUGAGUAUAAGGUCGGUCAGUGGCGCUGUCGGUGGGAGGGAGGGCAGUGGCCACGGGAGCCAUGGCCCGUACAUAUUGGCAGUCGUUUUUUUUUUUUUUUCUACACUUUUGUUCCAUACUAUUAUUAUCGUUUCAUGUGUUCUACGUUACUUUAUAAUGGUGUAUGCGAUUUGUUAUCAUAUUUUAUUGACAAACUAAGUAUAUGACGUAUCUUUUUAAAUAAAGGUAAUACGCGUUUAAUUUUGGGUUUAUACGUUAUUUAUUUUGGCAUUCUUCUAUUGAAGGCUACGCCACUGACGUUGGGAUAAUUUUGUGUUAAAUAUCAUUCUAAAAUUGAGAAUUCGCGAUGAAUUUUGAUCGGCUUUUAUUCACAACAAUAAAAAACGAUAUCGAUGCGAAGAUCGUCUUUUUAAAAACAUUUUACAUUUCAAAUUCCCAUUACUUCAUUUUUUUGUAAAUUUCAAAAUGUAUUCUUAUCAAUCAGAAUAUGUUUUGGAAAAACGUAAAAUAUUUAUGCUUUAAAAACGAGAAAAUUCUCUUUACAUAAACCGAUACGCACUGUAAUAUUAUUAUAUAAAUUUUCAUUUUUUUCGCAAUAUCUUUAUAACGGAUUCGUAAUGAAUAAUAAACGCUGAUUAUGACAAUAUUAGGUACCAGGUAAUUUAAAACUCAAUGGCAACCAUUUAUUUUGGUAACCUUUAUAGCUUUUUACGAGAUUUUUUCCCAUAAAACAGCAUAGAAAAAAAAUAUGCAAAUAAAACAACUUUUGAAACCCGAGCCUUAAUAAAAUUACGAAAUAACUAUUAUAAUAUAUAUUAUACGCGGUCAAAGUAGGAAGGACGCGUAUGCGAAACCGCCGUGCUUCGUAAAACGUCCUAUUCAAUAUACGCACCUAAACCUGAAUUAUACCGUAAUUAUAACAGUGGCAUUUGACGUUUCUGUCUUCCUGACGGACAAUGUAGGUAAAAAUGCGUUCGCGUAAAACAUAUGAAUCCGGAAAACCUUUAAAAUCAAUUUUAAACAUGUACAAAAUUAUUAUAAUACGCACAUAGAUGACAACGUUGCGAAGUAUGGUUAUUUAAAAAAAAUAUCGGAUCGAUAAAUAAAUAAAUAAUAAUAAUAAAAAAUACCACAAGAACGUUUUACCAUAAGUUACCGCUAUAUUUGCUUCCAAGAGCGUCCACAGACAGAAAGUGCAAAAACAAUAAAGUAGUGCGACUAUAUAUGUGUAAACACUGGACGCUUAAUAAAUACAAUUGAAUCGAAAAUAUGUUUGUACACCUACUUAACGAUUGUAUCGAUUAUUAAGUUUAAAUAUAGUGAUUUUCUCUACUUAUAGAUUAUGAGUGAAACGGGGAAUGUAUUAAUUUUACAAUGAUGUUUAGUUGUUUUUACUUUUUUUGAACAAGUUUUCUACCGGAAAUCUUGCUCCGAUUUUCGAGUUUAGCAUGUCUUUCGGAAAAAAAUAUUAUCUGGGUGGUACUUUGAGAAGAUCAUUUUUUGAUUUUCCAAGCGGCUUUCAUAAUAAUUGAGAAAAACGGGAAAAUUAAACGAAACGUCUUACUUUCAAAUUUUUCGUUGUCAUUCAAUUAAAAAUAUUCGCAAAGACUUGAAAUUCGAACAGAAAACAUAAAUUAACUCCUUUAGAUUAAUUCGGGAGAGGCAGUCCGUGAGUGUGUUUAAAGUCUAAAAAAAACAUCCUCCCAACAGCUCUGAAGUUCAACAACCCAACAUUUAUCACUUCAAUCCGCCUAUAAAACGACUCGUUAAUUCCUGAGUUCGAGCUCGUUCGACAGAGAGCAGAGAACCGCUGAAAGCGCACGUCGUGGUAUUAUACUUCAGUAGACUGCGUCGGUCUCGGUUCCCGGGGAAAAAUCCACGUCUGUCCGUGAAAAGUGCGAUAAACGACUACCUAUAUAGUGUUACUCACGUGAUAAAAUACGAUACUGUGACUCGUACCCCGCUAUUAUAAUAUUAUAUCGCAUAUAGUCACGGUACCGAAUUUUAAAAUCCGUUUACCUCGCGAAGAUCGAUCGACAAGAAAUCGUAUUGAGACAUCGAAUGUAUAGUUGCGAUCGCCCCGAGCAAAUCUUUCCGAGAAUAUUUUUGUUUUUUUUUUUUCAUCUAAAGGUUGCCGUGUAGAGUAAAAUGCUUCGAUAGGUCAUAUUAUUAUGCGACCGGCGAUCGUUCAUAAUACACGCGGAUGACUAAUAGUAAUCCUCGUCGGUAGCCGGUGGGUAUACGUAUUUAUAGGUAUAGACAAACUUCCUGUUGCCCGUUCUGCAAAUGCGGAACAACACAAUUAAUCUUUUUUAAUAUUUAUAUACUAUAUGGGUAGGUAUACUAUUAUGUAUACGACGUGACGCCGGACGAUUCUGCGGAAUACCGAAUGUGUAACGUGUAUAGUAUGUUUUUUUUUAUUCGCGGUGCGUGUCAAACGGAAACGGUCCGUAACAAUAAUAUUAUUGUUAUUAUCUAUAUAUGUAUGUUUAUUAUUCGCCGACUAAUGAUUCCGUUUGGCAACUCCGAUCGAAUUAUUAUUCAUUGACGUGUUAAUUUAUAAUAUUAUUUAAAUUGUAUUCGUACUAAUAGUUAUUACUGUAUUAUUAUUAACGUGUGUGUACGCGAACGUUAUACCGCGGAUUUAUUAUUAAUGGUUAAACGUGUGACGCUAUAAAUCCGCGGGGAACGUAAACGAUUACCCUUGAAAAAAAAAAAAAACGCGGGACGUAAUAUUCGCUGUUCAUUGCCGUCGUCGUCGUCCGGACACAAUAUAACACCGUCGUCGGUUUACGGAGAAUUUUCUGUUUGCUAUUUCAUGACGAUACUGUCGCGUACGCGGCCGUCGUGGACGCGGCCGUUUCGAGGAGAGAGCCAGGGGACCUUCUCUCCCCCCCCCUAACCCCUAGGAAGCUGCCCUGCAAGGAACCGCGAUUUUUCGUUGGUUUUUAUUUUUAUUUUUCUUUCACAUUCCGAGUGUAUAAUAUGUUAUAGCGAAGAAGCUAUUACGGUUUUACGAAGACGUGGUUUUUUUUCGGUUCGUAAAACUGUUCCUGUUUUCGUUUUAUCUCGUACCUUUUAAAAAACGCGAAUUUUUUUUGAAACGAAUUUAUCGAAAUGUUCAGAUAUUCAACCCCAGGUUCUUUUUUUUCUGUUCCUAGUUAAAGUGGGUUACCUCGUAUCAGAAUUAUUAUUAUAAUAUUAUGUCGAUAUGAUAUGAUAACUGUCGUCAAUAUUGAAAACAAAUGUACAUUGAUAUACAAAUUGAUAAAUCUGAAUUUAAAAAAAAAAAAAUGUUCGAAGGGAGUUUGUAGCUCCCCCCCCCCUUCUCAGACUAUAUGACCGUAAUCCGGCCCUGAAUGUGGAAGAUAACCGCCUCGUAAUAUGUGCGUGCGGAAAUCGGGUUGUUGACGUCCUCGAAUACAAAACAAAAAGACAACGACGACGAAUACUUACACCUACAUAUAUAUUACCGAUAAAUUAUUAUUAUUAGAUGACCGGACGCGCCGUGUUUCCGAAAAUUUAAAGAAAAAAAAACAAAAUACGAAAAAUGUCACGGACUCCAUGUAAGUUUAGAGUUGUCAUAAAAGGUACGCAUCACAAUAAUAUACGCAAUAUAUUAUUAUUAUUGUAACGUUUUAACGACAGAUUAUUAAAAUUGAAAAAAUAUAGAAACGACGACGAUGACGAUAAUUUUAUUACAAUAAUAAUUUGGCCGUUUUAACGGUUUUGUAUCGAAUGUCAUUGACAGUAGACCUAUAUAUUUAACUACUUCACAAAAUAUCGUGCGAGUGAAAGUGAAAAGAUGCACAGUUUUUAUGUAACUGUAUAUAGAGAAAAAAAAAAUCAAUUUAUAAUUAUCGAGCAUUUGUUUGGAACAAAAUCAAUAUAGUUAAAAACAAAAUUAUAAUUUACGGUGUACGCGUAUAAUCUAUGGCAUUAAACAUUAUGCCCGUGCAACAAAGUUACGCAAUUUUAAUAAGUUUUUUUUUUAUGUAGCAGUGCUGUAGUUAUCAAAACGGUAAAACUGAUGCAAAUAAUCAAACAUAUUUGAUUUAUCUCUCUUUCUCUCUCUAAAAUGUAUACAUAAUAUAUAAUUAAGCAUCAAACGUAUAGGUAUAAUCUGUGCCCAAACACGAGACGAGAGGAAAUCAUUUAAUAACGCCGUGCAUAUUACGCAGAAUUGCCUACAAUAUAAUAUAUAAGUACUAAAUUAAUUAACUUUUUCUCGACAUUUUAGUAUUCAAAAUGGACAAACGAUAUUACUUUCUAUGCCUAUGAUUAAACUACUCUCGUUGAAAUUAUUACGCUUGAAUUAAUUUGUUCAAAACUUGUAUGCGAUUCGUAUUAUUCGUAAGAGCAAUACGGAGAUCGAAUACACGCCGUACGGUGUUUUAAUAGGUAUACAAAUCGACAAUCGUAUUACACUUACAGAACUAUCGAAAAAACGGACGUCACGAUAAUAUUUGUAAAGGUACGAUAUCAUUAUAGUUCAACAAUAUAUGCAUACACGUAGGCGUAAAAGUUAAGUUGGGCAAAACGUUUUAUGUUAAAACAAGAAGUGUUUUUUUUUUUUUUUAAUUUUGUGAAAAGACUAUCGGAAAUUUACACAAUUUAUUCGAAUGAAAACCCAUUCCACAUAUUUUAAGUACGGUAAAAUGUAAGCGAUUGGGAACAUUGCUACUGAACUAAAAAUCGUUUUCUGAGAACAAAAUCCAAAAAUAGGAUCUAGGGGUUGAAUUGUUGAGAAUUUCAAAAAAUAUUUCAAGAAAAGUACUAUUGGUAGAAAAUUCAGCAACUUUUAACUCUGCAUGAAAAAAUCUGAUCAUUUUUAACCGCCGGAAAAUUGCAUUGUACACCUAUGUGGCUAUGUAUUUUUCCCUAUUAUAAAAUAGGUAAAAUGACUUCUUCGUCACACUUAGAAUUGAAAAACUAUGCGUUUUUUAUUUCAUUACUUACGUGUGGUAAAAUGUUUUUGUGUACCUAAUUUAAUAUUCUAUUAUGAUGGCAAUAUCGAUUUUAAUCGAAUAUAUUAUCGUCGGCUUCGUAGCAAAAUUUCCGUAGUAAAAAAUGAAAAAAACUCGAAAUUGAUAAAUUUUUAAAUCCGCUACAGUAUAGCGCUUCUACUGCAUAAAUGUUUAAAAAUCCAUUUACAAGAUUUUUCCACGUUGCCGUGACGUUAUGCAAAUGGUCUGUUAGGUGCUAAUGUUAAAAAUUUAUGAAAAUAAGGCACACAAAUUUAUUAUUAAUAACCGAUACUUUCCUUUUUUCAUUUCAUAAUUGAUAUUAUGGUGAUUAUUGUACGCUAAGGUAUUGUAUAUUAUAGCCUGAAGCAAACGUAAACUAUAAUAUAAUCAAUAUACCUGGGUAUGUCUAUACGGUUUUCAAUAUGAUAUUUCAAUGUGCAGGAACGUUAUGUAGCUGGUGUUUAUUAGUCGGUGUUGACAAAAACACCGAUGACAGCUUAUGUAUAAUGUUAAUUUCUGGUUUUUUUUUUUAACAUUAAUUUUGAUUUACACAUCAUUAUCAAAGUCGGGUAAUUAUUCCAACUAUUAAUGGCGCUCCUCGUUUUUCCAUAAAAUACGUAUUAAUUAAUACGCGUUAUUUAUUUUAUCCGAAUAUAUACGUUAUUUACAUAACAUAUUAUAAUAUAAUAUAGCAGGUGUACUAAAUACAUUUGUAAGGUAUAAUGAUGAAAAUAUACGCGUCGUGUCAUAGCAUGCUAAUAUUUCAAUAUUCUGUACGUAUCCCAGCAAACACUGUGCAAUGUUAAAUAUCAAACUAACGUUGUAUUUUAGUUAAUUUUAACUAGCUAAUUAAAAACGUUAAACAUUUUAUACGAAAAACCCGCUAUUAAACAUUUAAAACUGAUAAUUUUAUUACUGUUCAUUAAACGUUAACGUUAAAAACAUUAUAAUAAUAUUAUUAGAAAUUUAAAUUUGCAUUAUUAAAAAAUAACUACAAAAUUAAUGUUAAAUUAAAUUACUUUAAAUAUUAAAUUUAGUGUGAGCACCCCUUAUCAACGGCAAAAAACAUUAUUUUCAAUCACGGCAUUGCGUCGAAGAUAAUAUAAAUAUAAUAUAUGUAUAAUAAUAUGUCCAUCACCAAAGGGAAAAUUUACCCAUCCCCUUCAAGUUCUCACUUACCAUUGCUCUCUCCGAAUUUAUUUUCAAUUAAGACCUUAUGUAUUUUGUUAUACCACGUCUCCCAAGAAGAAAAAAGUGUAAAUCCCCGAAUAACAUUUAAAAUUAAUCCCCAAAAAUUAACCCUCAAUCCUGGAUUUUAGUUCGAAUCACGACAGGAGUGGUCAAACAGGGGGAAGGGUUGAUAUUCCCCCCCCCCAUUAAAUUAUUUUUCUUUAAUAUUUAUAACAAUAUGCAGUGCUUUUUUAAGCAUGCUCAGUGGAUUUGAUACCGACUGUUUCAUGUAUAUAGAUAAUAUCUUGUAUUGAAUCGUCUAGUUUUUAUUUUUUAAUAUUUAAUGUAAAAUAUCUCAGACAUUUUUCAUUCAAGUUUCAAUUAAAAUACGCCAACAUUUUUAGAAAAAUUAUCUGAUCUGAUUGACAAUUUAUAUGAAAAAAUGUAGGUUUUCGUUUGAAAAUCCAAAGUUUUAUCGUCACAGGAUACUCCUGAAAUGUUGUGAAAAAUCCAAGUAUGAGAAAAUAUUGUCUUUCACUGCGCUUAAAAAUUCCGAAAAUCAGAAUUUGAAUAUACUCGCAAUUUAACCAUAAAAAUGGGCAGAGUAUGCUUAAAAAUUAUGCUUUAAAGGAUAUCUAUAGAGUUAAAAAAAAAUUGUAUAAGCAAUAAUGGGUCUUAAAAAUUAUCCUUUUCCCUCUCUGUGACAAACUCAUUUGACAGCCGCUGAAUCACGGUGAACCCGAAUGUUUUGCUUUUUUUUCAUUGAUUAUUGACCGUUUGUAAAAAUAUAUUAUUCAAUAUUAAAAUAACGUUGUUUUUCGGAUGAGUUAUAUUUAAAUAUUUUAAGGUUAUUGAAACAUUAAAACAGCCGUAAAAAAAAAGACAAAUAAAAAUUUAAGAUUUUAUAAUUAAUAUUACAAUGCUAUAUGAAUAUACGUCAUAUAUACGCGAUCUCGUAUUUACCCACUUGGACGAAAUGUGAUUUCCCCUUCCUUUCCUUAAAAAAAAAAUACAUUUAAUAAGUAUUUUUUUAUCGCCAAUAGCCGUAUGUAUGCAUUAUGUAUAUAUUAUAUAUUAUUAUGUUUCGACUUUUAGCAUGUACACUCGCAUCAAGGGCAUCCCUAA